AGCAAGAUGGCGGACACAAUGAGGAGGAGCCGCCUCUCCGCGGCCUGAGUGGGCCCAGCCCAGCUGGAGGGCGCCGGCCGCCCCGGCCCGCCGCUCCUCCCCGCCCUCCGCCGCUCCCCGCCGCCCCGCGAGGUCCCCCCCGUCCGCUCCCGCCGCCGCCCGGAGCCCCGCCCCGGCUCCCCACAGCCCCGCCGCCGCCCUCAGGCGCGGCCCGGCCCGGCCCGGCGGCGGGAUGAAGCUGACGGACAACGUGCUGCGGAGCUUCCGCGUGGCCAAGGUCUUCCGCGAGAACUCGGACAAGAUCAACUGCUUCGACUUCAGCCCCAACGGCGAGACCGUCAUCUCCAGCAGCGACGACGACUCCAUCGUUCUCUACGACUGCCAAGAGGGCAAACCAAAGAGAACGCUAUAUAGUAAGAAGUAUGGAGUGGAUCUCAUCAGGUACACACAUGCUGCCAACACUGUCGUGUACAGCUCCAACAAAAUAGAUGAUACAAUUCGAUACCUCUCCCUGCACGACAACAAAUACAUUCGGUAUUUCCCGGGACAUACAAAAAGAGUCGUUGCUCUUUCAAUGUCUCCAGUGGAUGAUACUUUUAUUUCUGGAUCCCUUGAUAAAACUAUUCGACUUUGGGAUCUCCGCUCUCCAAAUUGCCAGGGUUUAAUGCAUCUCCAGGGGAAGCCUGUGUGUUCUUUUGACCCAGAAGGGUUGAUUUUUGCUGCUGGGGUCAAUUCUGAAAUGGUGAAGCUUUACGAUCUCCGUUCUUUUGACAAGGGGCCAUUUGCUACGUUUAAGAUGCAGUAUGAUCGAACAUGUGAGUGGACAGGCCUGAAGUUCAGUAACGAUGGAAAACUCAUCCUCAUAUCAACUAAUGGAGGGUUCAUUCGACUGAUUGAUGCCUUUAAAGGAGCUAUCCUGCAUACGUUUGGGGGUUAUAACAAUAGUAAGGCUGUCACGCUGGAGGCAUCAUUCACACCAGACUCUCAGUUCAUCAUGAUAGGUUCGGAGGAUGGGAAGAUUCAUGUUUGGAAUGGGGAAAGUGGGAUGAAGGUGGCUGUGCUGGAUGGGAAACAUACAGGUCCUAUAACCUGUCUGCAGUUCAACCCGAAAUUCAUGACUUUUGCUAGCGCAUGUUCAAAUAUGGCCUUCUGGUUGCCAACUAUCGAUGACUAAUUCCUACGCUGCAGCUGUUGUCAGAUGACUUCCAUACUGCUAACAGCAGCACAUCAUUGCAAGCAUAGUAUUGGAAUUGCCUAGGUCUCCUAGACUGUGUUCCUGUUCCUGCGUAUGUUUCCAUAUGUCUUACCUUUAUUUGCUGCAUUCCUUUGCGAGGACUCUUCCACUCAGCCUCCUAGCAUGUUCAGAAGCGGCAUGCUACACGUUCUCACCUUCCAGUCCGUGCCCAGCAGGCUUCAGCCGAAGUUGGAACUGACACAGUAUUAUUUCUAACAGCAAUUAAGUCUGUUUUAUUUACAAAAUGUUUGUGGCAUUUUUUAAGCUGUAAUUGUGUGUUUUCCUUCUGUAAGUGCAAACGGCUAUUGAUGUUCCAAGGUGGAACGUGCAGUUCCUUCCCAUAAGUGCAUGUUUUUUCACAUCUGGGAUCUCUCCGGUUUCACUGCAGUCCACAGAUGCAAAGUUACUUCUGUGCCAAAUGUGAACACUGACAGUGACCAACUGAUACAGCAGAUGCUGGAUUCUCUUGCAGUGGAACGUGCACUGAAGAGUGGAUGACUGUAAAUUUUCAUUAUACAUCCUGUCAUCCUUUUAUGGCAAUUUAGCGUGCGACAAACUGUGCAGGUUUUGUCCACUGCCAGAGCUUGCCGAAGCCUCCCUGCUGUUUGCUGUGCCAGAUCCCGGAGGGCGCAGACAGUGCUGGUGAGGUGCGGUCAGUGUCCCAAGCAAUAAAGGAGUCUGACAGCAGGAAGAUGGAGAAACCAAACCGGGACUGAAAGCACAGUCUGCCUGUGUACCUUCCUUAUGUAUCAUCUUGGCUGAUCUUUUACUUGUAAAUAGCGUUGGGGGGAGGGCAGUGGGAAUGGGCCAUAUUUUUUUACUUUUAGAUAUUAAAGAAUAUGAUGUGGGCCAGUAUUGUGGGGUGUCUAGGCUGUUUACCUUCACCGAUGCAGUUUUCUCUUCCUGGUUUGUAAAUAAGCUCCAUUAAAUUCUCCCCACACCAGGCUUAGACCUGUAUCCCCUUGCUGGUAAAACUGACUUGCAGUUAGUUCAUCUUGCAUUUUGUUACAGGUUUUGCAGGUUUUCAGUGAUAGCCCUGAAAGAGCAACGAUGUUUCCUUUGUCAGAUGACGUUUUCAAAAUUGAAUUUUAAAAACUUCACAUGUGACUGUGCUGACUCUGCUUUGCUGUGGCCCUGCUGCAAGGAACGCCCCUGCAAAAGGACGGGAGGGAUGUGCUCUCCUGCCUCAGAGGGGCUUGUGGGUGAGUGGCACACAAAGGCUGGCGAGCUGGUCUUCAAGCCUGGUUCCAGUUUCUUUUUCCUGAAGCAUUGCAUUGAUCAGAUGCAUCCACCAGCAGGCUGGGACAGGCUUGGCGUAAAUAUGGCGUUGAUUGUAUUUUUGCCUUUCCAAACACACUUGGCUUCUUGUGCUGGGUCACAGCUUGGAAAGUCCAUUCUAUCCUUUGCCCAGUCACAUGUGCUUCCCCUCUCCUAAAUGUAAAAUGCCAGUAAGGUGAGAAGCACAGCAGUGGGCGUGUUCUGUCCGCUGUCAAGUGCAAGUCCAUACUGUAGAACAGUGCUCGAGGACUUUCCCUUAGGUCAGUUGUCUAGAACAUCCCUUAUUACAGCAAAGUUCGUCUCAGCUCUCUCAGCUGUGGUGCCCUGUAUAUAUUUCGGAUUAUGUCUCCCUGGCAAAGUAAAUCAGCGUGUAGAAUGGCUUCUUCUGUUUUGCUUUUCCUUGCCUUUUUUUUUUUUUAACAGCCCUUGUCAGUGGAAAUGUGCUGUGCUGAAGGGCUGGGGAUGGGGAAUGAGCGUUUCUCCACUGUUGAUGCUGAGCCGCAGCAUUUGCCUGUGGCAGUUGGCAUGAGGACUGCCGUGCACGAGGCAUUCUGAUAAGCUUGAUGUUUGAACUGAUGCUGUGGUUGAAGCUUCUCCUUAGGCCCCAUGGGUUGCCUCUGCUGAUGCUACUGCAUGAGUUUAGAGCCGUUUCUAACAGCAUGGGUCUGUGGCGUGAGUUUGCCACCCUCCUAGAAGGGAGGAGGGAAGGGAACAGUGGACUGAUGCUUUCGAUCUUGACAAACAGGCCUGCUGUUGGAGACGCAGAUGAAAAAUUUGUACUACUACAGCAGCAUCCCUCUUCCUGGUGUGUACUGUCCCACUGUCACCUAUAAAUGCCCAUCGUGAAGGGAGAUGGUUAUCUCGGUCCCCACAGUUGACUAGGUUUCCACAGCCACCUCUUCAACUCGGUAUUGUUGCAUUUCAGGCUGCUUGGUGCUAUUUUACCAUUGUUGGUGUUUCUGUAAGCAGCCGUAUUUUGCAGUGCUUUGUAACAUAGAGGUAUUUGGGGUUUGUAGCGCAUUUUAACAGUUAAACUUCAGCAUUCAGUAGCAAAUCAUUCAGGGUUUUACCAAGUCUGUUGCCUGAGGAAGUGAACAGAGAGCCCCUGCGAACAUUCUUCUUGUUACUUUUCACAGAGAAGCAUUUGGAAGUCUUUUACUCUAAAAAUGCUCUUUGCUAAUGUGGUUCCAGUGCUUGUCUAAGGACAGUUGUUCAGCUCUCUUCUACAUGCAGUCUUGUAAAACAUUGUGCGUUGUAGCAUGAAAUCUUUAAGAAAAAGAGGACCAAAGGACUGAUCUGGAAGGAUGCGUACACUGAGAACAUCAGUGGCUUUCUGGAGGGAGGAGAACUUUACAGGUUCAUGCGCAAGACAGCACUAAUGCUCAGUUCAGAAUUAAAACCGAAUGCCUUCCCAGGGCUGAGUGCCACCCACCCAGGUAACGACUUCUUUCUUGCUUAAUGUAGUGCUGUGUGUUUUCCAUCUGCCUUGAAGAGAGGGAAAUGUGCCAAGUAUUGUCAAGAAACACGAGUAUCAUGUGUUUCUAGAAGGUUAGGAAGGAAAGGGGAAUAAAACUUUUAGCUUCCAGCUUUCACGUGUUUCUCUAAAAGUAUUGGGACUGCAAUUCCUGUGCUCUUCAAGGCAGGCAGCUAACCAGAAACGGACCUCAUUAAAAACAGCACUCCCAGGUCUAACAGCGUGUCCAACCUUAUGUAAAACCAAGCAGGAAACAGCAUUACCUCCCCAAAUUUGACGUUUAAAAGAUGAAUUCCCCCCCGCCAUAUUCUUUGGGAUGAAGUAAAGACCUUCAAAACAAGAGGGGAGUGAGACUCAACAGUCCCUUUCUAAGCAGUGGUGGUGGCGGAGCACAUCUGCCUGGGCUGUAGGAGACUUUGGGUGUAAUCUCUUCUCCAAGUUAGUCUUUGAGAGUUUUGAGGCACCCAGGUCCUUGGUUAAGUCCCAGCCCCUGCUCUGGGGGACACAGGAGCAAUUGAGUGACCAAAUUUGGAAGCAGCAGUGUAUAUUUUUCCAAUGCCUCUUGACUAUAUUUGCACUUUAAGAGACUUCACCUUGGUUUUGGGUCAGGGGCUAGGAUGCUGGCGAGCCUUUCAGAAACUGGUCUUUAUGGUCAUGAGCUGGUAUGCGGAGUUUUACUCCUAGGUGGUAUCUGCCAGAUGAGUGUAAAUACAUGAAGUCAAAUUAUGCUUUGUCACAAAAUACUACGUAUGUGGAGAAUUCAGUGUUGUGGCUGUUAACAAUAAAUAUUUUGUAGAGA